AUGUGGGAUAUAUGCCCUGUGAACGACCCAUUGAAUCCAUUUGCUAUCCAUAUUGUAUUAAUUGAUGCUGAGGGCAACAAAAUUGAGGCCAUUGCUCGGAAGGAAUUUAUAUCUAAGUUCAGAUCAGAGCUGCGGGAAGGAAAUGUCUAUAUGAUAUCUAACUUCAUAGUUGUGUCCAAUAGUGGCAAUUACAUGGCUACUGGCCACGAAUGCAAGCUGGUUUUCAAUGAAAAAACACAGUCCAUACUGGAGGAAACACCUUCCAUUCCACUGAAUGCGUUUUCAUUCAAGAAUUUUGAGGAGAUAUUAGCAACUGGUGGUGAAUCCGACUACCUAAUUGUUGAUGCUGAUCGCAUGCCUGUUGUGAUCAUACAAUUUGCUAAGAUAAAGACAUUUAAAGGUAGUGUUGUAGUUCAGAAUGUUAAGAACGCCACUGUUCUACUAUGGAACCCUCCUAUUCAGGAAGCAGUUUCAUUCUAUGAUGGGUUGGCCCUCCAUGGGAUUGAAGCGGACAUGUCACUUGCUGAAGUAGAUGAUGAUGAUGAUGAUCUGCAUGAUGGCGUAUUUGUUGUAUUGACAAAAAUAUCUGGUCUUCUUGAAGGGGAGAAGUGGUGGUACUCUGCUUGCACUUGUCAUAGGGCAGUGAAAGUUGAAGAUGGGUUGUUCUACUGUAAUGGUUGCGGCAAACAUGCCCUUUCUGUUAAUCCAAGAUUUAGGCUCAAAGUUGAAGUGGAUGAUGGUGGUGAGAGUGGUGUAUUUGUCAUAUUUGAUACUGAUUGCCAGCAGCUACUAAACAGAACAUGCAAGGAAUUGGUUAAGAAAAAUUGUGCUGACCCUGCUGUUGCUGAGACUUUCAAGGAUAAGUCGAAGAUGGUCACCAAAGACAAGUUCUCCAAGAUCCCUGAGGGAAGCAAUGAAUCUAUUGGUGAUUAUUCUGCCAACUUAUCUGAAAUAGCACCCAAUGUUUUGUCGCUUGAUGAAAUUUCUCCCGUAGAUGGGUCUGGAGUCUGCUCAUCAGUUCAGAGUGUUGCAAGUGAUGGAUCUUUUCAGAAACCUGCUACGAAGAUGAAGCUCAGGUCUGUCAAACUGGAGAAGGAGUAG